GAUCAGCUUGAGGGUGAAGAUGUUGGACAUUGCAUGCCUGGAAGAAAAAUGUAGAAACAACAUUUCAGAAUUCCUGCACAAUGUCGACAACAGAGAUUUUGUAUGGCUGGAUGAGAUUCUUGAAGAAGCCAGCAAGAUAUUAAAGAGCAACUGUAAUGAAGAGCCUGAGUUAAUGCCAAAAACUCCAUCACAGAAGAGUCGCAAGAAAAAGAGACGUUUUUCGACAGCUAAGAAUGAUCAAUUUUCUGAAAAGAGGUGGUCAUUGGAGAGAGACAGUAACCGGUCAAGUCCUGUUCGGAGAACUUCCAAAAGACUUCAACAGAAGAAGAAUGUAGAGAAUGCUUCUCCAUGUUGUCGGAUGACCAGAUCUCAGGCUGCAAGGAUUUCAAAUACUUCUUGUAAGACAGCAACUAUUGACUUAGCAAGAGGAAGAAUACCGCUAGUAGAAAUUAGUAACCAUGAGAGGCUUAGUGCAGAGUUAAAGAUUGAAAAAACAGCAGCUCAGAAAACUGUGGCUGCUUUGGCUAAUGCAUCAUCAUUAGAGGGUGAGCACUGUGUAGAAACAUUGCAACCUUUGUCUAAAGGUUCGUUGCUUGUGGUCCCAGACGUCCCUGAGUCUCAAGUAAUCAAAGGAGACCGGAGUGCACGCAAGCUGAAAAUAGCAAAUGUAACCAUUGUCAACACCACUGAAACUGAGAAAACCAGCUCUCAGGCAGAAGAGUUACUUGAGUGGCAGCAAGAAAACAACCAGGAUUCAGAGACCAAGAGUGCACAGACAUCCAGAGCUCCGAAAGCAAAGCAUCAGUCUGUACGCCGAAGUCUGAUGGGUAGAACAUCUAUGAAUAAAGCUUCCCUUGUACAGAGAUGUUCGCUAGCCAGCAAAAGGGAGAGAACACUCCAGAAAGCUGUUAACAGGACCUCAUCCAGGAGAAGCACAGUUCAGGAGCAUUCAUCCACUAGCAGACGUGUGAGCUGCCGUGUAUCUCUGGAGAAAUUAGUGGCUGAAGAAAUUAUUGUAUCUAGCCCGCAGCUGGAUCCUGCUUCCCAUUCUCAUCAAGAGGUUGCUGGUCAACCCUUAAGUCAUUCUCACGAAGUGCCCAGGGCUGCAGCUAUUGAAGAGCAACAAGAAGGAAACAGCAAAGAGAACACCUCUGAAAAGAAUGCUGAGGUCCAAGAGAAACCUCAGAGUGUCAGACGGAAGGCAAGCUACAAGAGAGCAGUGAAUGAGUUAUGUGAUGAGCAGCAUACAGAGGAAGAGCUCUUGCCUCCAAGAAAAAAGUCAUUAUCUCCUCAGUGCCCUGCUAGUAAGGUUGUCCGCCCUAUCAAGACUUUCUUGCACACUGUAAAUAAGAACCGGGUUCUCAUGAUGACCCCUAGCUCUGUGAGCCGAAACAGCACCAUAAAAUCGUUUCUCAAACACGGCACUCCUGUCCGAACCAAUCCCAAGGAAAAGGAGAGGCAGCGCUUGGAGAUUUUAAAGAAAAAGGAGGAGGCUGAGCAGCAGAGGAGACAAAAAAUGGAGGAAGAGAAAAGACGGCGGCUGGAUGAGAUGAAGCGGAAACGUGAGGAGCGCCUUCGCAAGGUGCUGCAGGCUCGUGAGCGAGUAGAGCAGAGAGAAGAGGAGAAGAAAAAACUUCUUGAACAAAAACUUGCUCAGCAUAAUGAGAAGGUGCAAGAGGAGAAGAUGGCAGAAGAAAAAGUGAAAAGGGCUGCAGCUGCCAAGAAAGCUGAAGAACUUGAAGCCCGUAAACAAAGAGCUCUGCAGCUGGUAAGACAGAGGUUACAACAGGAGCUGAUGCAGAAGAAAAAGGAGGAAGAACAAGAGAAAGCUAGGCAGGUUGCAGAACUGGAAAAAAAGCUGGCUGCUGAGAGAGAACUUGAGAAAAAGAAAGAACAAGAAAAGCUUCAGGCACAGCAGGAGCGUGAAAGGAAAGAGAAAGAGAAGGCUGCUUGCGUGCAAAGAGAAUUAAUGGCUGCUAAAGAGAAGGAGCGACUUCAGAAAGAGGCAGAGGAGAGAGAGAAGAAACUGCAGGAGGAACAGCAGAAGCAGAAAUCUACUUCUGUUGCAACAGUUGGCAAUAAACAGCUGAAUGUAACAAUAGAGAUACAGAACUCACCUUCCUGCAACUCAUACCCAAUGACACCACAGGGUCCCAAACAGCCAAAGUUCGAAGUGAACAAUUAUGGGAUGGAUCUGAAUAGUGAUGACUCCACAGACGAUGAGAGCCAGCCCCGCAAGCCCAUCCCUACUUGGGCUACUGGAAAUCAGCUAACCCAGGCCAUCGUCCACCAAUAUUAUAAUCCACCUGAUACUGAUGCGUUCUUUGGGAUUAUUAAAAGUCCCAAACUGGAAGAAAUCUUUUAUAAGAGCAAGCCACGUUACCAGAAGCGUACAAGUUCUGCAGUAUGGAAUUCACCACCAUUCCCAAAUGGCAAAUCUAUGGCAGGGCAAUCAUGGCAGGGCUUAAAGAGAUGCUGAAGGUUUCUUGAGAUUCACUGUAAUAACUUUGCCGGAGGGAGUGUAUUACUUUUAAACAUAUUUACUUUUGACAUUAAUAAAUAUUUCUGCUCUGUGGGAGCACUUAA